AUGCUUUUGAGGAAACUUCUCUUAGAAGACAGGGUGAUCGGGGAGGUUAUAUCUGUGGAGCAUACAGAGCCAGCUGGCUGGUUCCAUUUUUCACAUUCGUACGUGCGAGGCAACUGGCGAAAGGAGUCAGUUGCGGCGCCAACACUCCUUUGCAAGGCUUGCCAUGAUAUCGACUUUCUACUGUGGCUGCUCAGCUACAGAACGGAUUCUGGUCAACCGGCCCAUAUGCCCAGCCUGAUUUCCUCAGUUGGCAACCUAUCACUCUUUACCCAGCGUCGAAAGCCCAAGGCAGCGGGAAACGCCACGAACUGCUUCUCUUGUCCUCACGAACAGAGCUGUGAUUGGAGUGCCAAGAAACUGUACCUCGAAAAGCUCUAUGACAAGGGAGAACGAGAUUGGCCUAUUUGUGUUGUUGUUCCUGACAUAGAAGAUAUCACUGCUACAUUGGGGAAAGAUCAUGGACGUGCCGUCUUGGAAGAGGUUCUCUCUACAGACUACGACGCCUCUACACCAAGGGACAUCAUCGAGUCUAAACAGUGGUAUGGUCGUUGUGUCUGGGAGUCAGAUAAUGAUGUUCUUGACGAUCAAAUUGUCACUCUGACCUGGGAUGACGACUCAGGCGCUGUGGGCAACGAGGAAUUCCCCGACCGCGGUCCGAAGACGGCGAUUUUUCAUAUGGCGGCGUUCACCGAAGCCCAGUCCAAGCGGCGAGGCAAGAUCUCGGGCACCCAUGGAGAGAUGCAGUACGACAGUAACGAGAUCCGAGUCUAUACCUUUGAUCGAUUUCGGGACCCGGGGGCAGCCAAAGUCUUCAUCCCGCCAACAGCUUCUGGCGGUCAUGAAGGUGGCGAUGGCGGUCUGAUGAACAACUUCUCUCGGGCUGUGGAGGCUGUCAUUAAUGGUGAGCUCAGCGUGGAGCAGGCCCAAGCGAGACAUGUUGGCUGUACGUUGAAGGAAGCAUUCGUGAGCCAUGCUAUGGUCUUUGCUGCGGAAGAAGCCCGACUUGGAAGGAAGAUUGUGGACUGGCAAGAUUGGUGGGCAAAAUUGGAAAAGAAUCUCCUUGGCCGGUGA